AUGAAUCCAACAAAUGGCCCUAAAGACAAAGAUGCCAUCGCUGAUGGUGAUACCGUCGGGGGUGAUAGUGUUGGCGGUGAUGAAGCCGUCGGUGGUGAAGCCGUCGGUGGUGAAGCUGUUGGUGGUGAAGCCGUCGGUGGUGAAGUUGAAGGUGGUGAUGCCAUCGGGGGUGGUGAUGACGUCGGAGGGGCUAAUGUCGGUGGUGAAGCCGUCGGUGGUGAUGCCGUUGGUGGUGACGAUGUCGGUGGUGAAGUUGAAGGUGGUGAUGCCGUUGGUGGAGACGAUGUCGGUGGUGAUGUAGAUGGUGGUGAAGCCGUCGGUGGGGCUAAUGACGGUGGAGAUGCUGUUGGUGGUGAAGCCGUCGGUGGUGAAGCCGUUGGUGGUGAUGCCAUCGGGGGUGGUGAUGACGUCGGAGGGGCUAAUGUCGGUGGUGAAGCCGUCGGAGGUGAUGCCGUUGGUGGUGACGAUGUCGGUGGUGAAGUUGAAGGUGGUGAUGCCGUUGGUGGUGACGAUGUCGGUGGUGAUGUAGAUGGUGGUGAAGCCGUCGGUGGGGCUAAUGUCGGUGGAGAUGCUGUUGGUGGUGAAGCCGUCGGUGGUGAAGCCGUUGGUGGUGAUGCCGUUGGUGGUGACGAUGUCGGUGGUGAUGUAGAUGGUGGUGAAGCCGUCGGUGGUGAAGCUGUUGGUGGAGAUGCCGUCGGUGGGGCUAAUGUCGGUGGAGAUGCUGUUGGUGGUGAAGCCGUCGGUGGUGAUGCCGUUGGUGGUGAAGAUGUCGGUGGUGAAGUUGUUGGUGGUGAAGCCGUCGGUGGUGAAGCCGUUGGUGGUGAAGGUGUCGGUGGUGAAGCUGUUGGUGGUGAAGCCGUCGGUGGUGAAGCCGUCGGUGGUGAUGCCGUUGGUGGUGAAGAUGUCGGUGGUGAAGCUGUUGGUGGUGAAGCCGUCGGUGGUGACGAUGUCGGUGGUGAAGUUGAAGGUGGUGAUGCCGUUGGUGGUGACGAUGUCGGUGGUGAUGUAGAUGGUGGUGAAGCCGUCGGUGGGGCUAAUGUCGGUGGAGAUGCUGUUGGUGGUGAAGCCGUCGGUGGUGAAGCCGUUGGUGGUGAAGAUGUCGGUGGUGAAGCUGUUGGUGGUGAAGCCGUCGGUGGUGAAGUCGUCGGUGGUGAUGCCGUUGGUGGUGAAGAUGUCGGUGGUGAAGCUGUUGGUGGUGAAGCCGUCGGUGGUGAAGCCGUUGGUGGUGAAGGUGUCGGUGGUGAAGCUGUUGGUGGUGAAGCCGUCGGUGGUGAAGCCGUCGGUGGUGAUGCCGUUGGUGGUGAAGAUGUCGGUGGUGAAGUUGAAGGUGGUGAUGCCGUUGGUGGAGACGAUGUCGGUGGUGAUGUAGAUGGUGGUGAAGCCGUCGGUGGGGCUAAUGUCGGUGGAGAUGCUGUUGGUGGUGAAGCCGUCGGUGGUGAAGCCGUUGGUGGUGAUGUCGUUGGUGGUGACGAUGUCGGUGGUGAUGUAGAUGGUGGUGAAGCCGUCGGUGGUGAAGCUGUUGGUGGAGAUGCCGUCGGUGGGGCUAAUGUCGGUGGAGAUGCUGUUGGUGGUGAAGCCGUCGGUGGUGAAGCCGUUGGUGGUGAAGGUGUCGGUGGUGAAGCUGUUGGUGGUGAAGCCGUCGGUGGUGAAGCCGUCGGUGGUGAUGCCGUUGGUGGUGAAGAUGUCGGUGGUGAAGCUGUAGGUGGUGAAGCCGCCGGUGGUGAUGCCGUUGGUGGUGACGAUGUCGGUGGUGAUGUAGAUGGUGGUGAAGCCGUCGGUGGGGCUAAUGUCGGUGGAGAUGCUGUUGGUGGUGAAGCCGUCGGUGGUGAAGCCGUUGGUGGUGAAGAUGUCGGUGGUGAAGCUGUUGGUGGUGAAGCCGUCGGUGGUGAAGUCGUCGGUGGUGAUGCCGUUGGUGGUGAAGAUGUCGGUGGUGAAGCUGUUGGUGGUGAAGCCGUCGGUGGUGAAGCCGUUGGUGGUGAAGGUGUCGGUGGUGAAGCUGUUGGUGGUGAAGCCGUCGGUGGUGAAGCCGUCGGUGGUGAUGCCGUUGGUGGUGAAGAUGUCGGUGGUGAAGCUGUUGGUGGUGAAGCCGUCGGUGGUGAAGUUGAAGGUGGUGAUGCCAUCGGGGGUGGUGAUGACGUCGGAGGGGCUAAUGUCGGUGGUGAAGCCGUCGGUGGUGAUGCCGUUGGUGGUGACGAUGUCGGUGGUGAAGUUGAAGGUGGUGAUGCCGUUGGUGGUGACGAUGUCGGUGGUGAUGUAGAUGGUGGUGAAGCCGUCGGUGGGGCUAAUGUCGGUGGAGAUGUUGUUGGUGGUGAAGCCGUCGGUGGUGAAGCCGUUGGUGGUGAUGCCGUUGGUGGUGACGAUGUCGGUGGUGAUGUAGAUGGUGGUGAAGCCGUCGGUGGUGAAGCUGUUGGUGGAGAUGCCGUCGGUGGGGCUAAUGGCGGUGGAGAUGCUGUUGGUGGUGAAGCCGUCGGUGGUGAAGCCGUUGGUGGUGAUGUCGUUGGUGGUGACGAUGUCGGUGGUGAUGUAGAUGGUGGUGAAGCCGUCGGUGGUGAAGCUGUUGGUGGAGAUGCCAUCGGGGGUGGUGAUGACGUCGGAGGGGCUAAUGUCGGUGGUGAAGCCGUCGGUGGUGAUGCCGUUGGUGGUGACGAUGUCGGUGGUGAAGUUGAUGGUGGUGAUUCCGUUGGUGGUGACGAUGUCGGUGGUGAUGUAGAUGGUGGUGAAGCCGUCGGUGGGGCUAAUGUCGGUGGAGAUGCUGUUGGUGGUGAAGCCGUCGGUGGUGAAGCCGUCGGUGGUGGUGCCGUUGGUGGUGAAGAUGUCGGUGGUGAAGCUGUUGGUGGUGAAGCCGUCGGUGGUGAAGCCGUUGGUGGUGAAGGUGUCGGUGGUGAAGCUGUUGGUGGUGAAGCCGUCGGUGGUGAAGCCGUCGGUGGUGGUGCCGUUGGUGGUGAAGAUGUCGGUGGUGAAGCUGUUGGCGGUAAAGCCGUCGGUGGUGACGAUGUCGGUGGUGAAGUUGAAGGUGGUGAUGCCGUUGGUGGUGACGAUGUCGGUGGUGAUGUAGAUGGUGGUGAAGCCGUCGGUGGGGCUAAUAUCGGUGGAGAUGCUGUUGGUGGUGAAGCCGUCGGUGGUGAAGCCGUUGGUGGUGAAGAUGUCGGUGGUGAAGCUGUUGGUGGUGAAGCCGUCGGUGGUGAAGUCGUCGGUGGUGAUGCCGUUGGUGGUGAAGAUGUCGGUGGUGAAGCUGUUGGUGGUGAAGCCGUCGGUGGUGAAGCCGUUGGUGGUGAAGGUGUCGGUGGUGAGGCUGUUGGUGGUGAAGCCGUCGGUGGUGAAGCCGUCGGUGGUGAUGCCGUUGGUGGUGAAGAUGUCGGUGGUGAAGUUGAAGGUGGUGAUGCCGUUGGUGGAGACGAUGUCGGUGGUGAUGUAGAUGGUGGUGAAGCCGUCGGUGGGGCUAAUGUCGGUGGGGAUGCUGUUGGUGGUGAAGCCGUCGGUGGUGAAGCCGUUGGUGGUGAUGCCAUCGGGGGUGGUGAUGACGUCGGAGGGGCUAAUGUCGGUGGUGAAGCCGUCGGAGGUGAUGCCGUUGGUGGUGACGAUGUCGGUGGUGAAGUUGAAGGUGGUGAUGCCGUUGGUGGUGACGAUGUCGGUGGUGAUGUAGAUGGUGGUGAAGCCGUCGGUGGGGCUAAUGUCGGUGGAGAUGCUGUUGGUGGUGAAGCCGUCGGUGGUGAAGCCGUUGGUGGUGAUGUCGUUGGUGGUGACGAUGUCGGUGGUGAUGUAGAUGGUGGUGAAGCCGUCGGUGGUGAAGCUGUUGGUGGAGAUGCCGUCGGUGGGGCUAAUGUCGGUGGAGAUGCUGUUGGUGGUGAAGCCGUCGGUGGUGAAGCCGUUGGUGGUGAAGGUGUCGGUGGUGAAGCUGUUGGUGGUGAAGCCGUCGGUGGUGAAGCCGUCGGUGGUGAUGCCGUUGGUGGUGAAGAUGUCGAUGGUGAAGCUGUAGGUGGUGAAGCCGUCGGUGGUGACGAUGUCGGUGGUGAAGUUGAAGGUGGUGAUGCCGUUGGUGGUGACGAUGUCGGUGGUGAUGUAGAUGGUGGUGAAGCCGUCGGUGGGGCUAAUGUCGGUGGAGAUGCUGUUGGUGGUGAAGCCGUCGGUGGUGAAGCCGUUGGUGGUGAAGAUGUCGGUGGUGAAGCUGUUGGUGGUGAAGCCGUCGGUGGUGAAGUCGUCGGUGGUGAUGCCGUUGGUGGUGAAGAUGUUGGUGGUGAAGCUGUUGGUGGUGAAGCCGUCGGUGGUGAAGCCGUUGGUGGUGAAGGUGUCGGUGGUGAAGCUGUUGGUGGUGAAGCCGUCGGUGGUGAAGCCGUCGGUGGUGAUGUCGUUGGUGGUGAAGAUGUCGGUGGUGAAGCUGUUGGUGGUGAAGCCGUCGGUGGUGAAGUUGAAGGUGGUGAUGCCAUCGGGGGUGGUGAUGACGUCGGAGGGGCUAAUGUCGGUGGUGAAGCCGUCGGUGGUGAUGCCGUUGGUGGUGACGAUGUCGGUAGUGAAGUUGAAGGUGGUGAUGUCGUUGGUGGUGACGAUGUCGGUGGUGAUGUAGAUGGUGGUGAAGCCGUCGGUGGGGCUAAUGUCGGUGGAGAUGCUGUUGGUGGUGAAGCCGUCGGUGGUGAUGCCGUUGGUGGUGACGAUGUCGGUGGUGAUGUAGAUGGUGGUGAAGCCGUCGGUGGUGAAGCUGUUGGUGGAGAUGCCGUCGGUGGGGCUAAUGUCGGUGGAGAUGCUGUUGGUGGUGAAGCCGUCGGUGGUGAAGCCGUUGGUGGUGAUGUCGUUGGUGGUGACGAUGUCGGUGGUGAUGUAGAUGGUGGUGAAGCCGUCGGUGGUGAAGCUGUUGGUGGAGAUGCCAUCGGGGGUGGUGAUGACGUCGGAGGGGCUAAUGUCGGUGGUGAAGCCGUCGGUGGUGAUGCCGUUGGUGGUGACGAUGUCGGUGGUGAAGUUGAAGGUGGUGAUGCCGUUGGUGGUGACGAUGUCGGUGGUGAUGUAGAUGGUGGUGAAGCCGUCGGUGGGGCUAAUGUCGGUGGAGAUGCUGUUGGUGGUGAAGCCGUCGGUGGUGAAGCCGUCGGUGGUGGUGCCGUUGGUGGUGAAGAUGUCGGUGGUGAAGCUGUUGGUGGUGAAGCCGUCGGUGGUGAAGCCGUUGGUGGUGAAGGUGUCGGUGGUGAAGCUGUUGGUGGUGAAGCCGUCGGUGGUGAAGCCGUCGGUGGUGGUGCCGUUGGUGGAGAAGAUGUCGGUGGUGAAGCUGUUGGUGGUGAAGCCGUCGGUGGUGACGAUGUCGGUGGUGAAGUUGAAGGUGGUGAUGCCGUUGGUGGUGACGAUGUCGGUGGUGAUGUAGAUGGUGGUGAAGCCGUCGGUGGGGCUAAUGUCGGUGGAGAUGCUGUUGGUGGUGAAGCCGUCGGUGGUGAAGCCGUUGGUGGUGAUGCCGUUGGUGGUGACGAUGUCGGUGGUGAUGUAGAUGGUGGUGAAGCCGUCGGUGGUGAAGCUGUUGGUGGAGAUGCCGUCGGUGGGGCUAAUGUCGGUGGAGAUGCUGUUGGUGGUGAAGCCGUCGGUGGUGAAGCCGUUGGUGGUGAUGUCGUUGGUGGUGACGAUGUCGGUGGUGAUGUAGAUGGUGGUGAAGCCGUCGGUGGUGAAGCUGUUGGUGGAGAUGCCAUCGGGGGUGGUGAUGACGUCGGAGGGGCUAAUGUCGGUGGUGAAGCCGUCGGUGGUGAUGCCGUUGGUGGUGACGAUGUCGGUGGUGAAGUUGAAGAUGGUGGUGAAGCCGUCGGUGGGGCUAAUGUCGGUGGAGAUGCUGUUGGUGGUGAAGCCGUCGGUGGUGAAGCCGUUGGUGGUGAAGAUGUCGGUGGUGAAGCUGUUGGUGGUGAAGCCGUCGGUGGUGAUGCCGUUGGUGGUGAAGAUGUCGGUGGUGAAGCUGUCGGUGGUGAAGCCGUCGGUGGUGAAGCCGUUGGUGGUGAAGGUGUCGGUGGUGAAGCCGUCGGUGGUGAAGCCGUCGGUGGUGAUGCCGUUGGUGGUGAAGAUGUCGGUGGUGAAGCUGUUGGUGGUGAAGCCGUCGGUGGUGAAGUUGAAGGUGGUGAUGCCAUCGGGGGUGGUGAUGACGUCGGAGGGGUUAAUGUCGGUGGUGAAGCCGUCGGUGGUGAUGCCGUUGGUGGUGACGAUGUCGGUGGUGAAGUUGAAGGUGGUGAUGCCGUUGGUGGUGACGAUGUCGGUGGUGAUGUAGAUGGUGGUGAAGCCGUCGGUGGGGCUAAUGUCGGUGGAGAUGUUGUUGGUGGUGAAGCCGUCGGUGGUGAAGCCGUUGGUGGUGAUACCGUUGGUGGUGACGAUGUCGGUGGUGAUGUAGAUGGUGGUGAAGCCGUCGGUGGUGAAGCUGUUGGUGGAGAUGCCGUCGGUGGGGCUAAUGUCGGUGGAGAUGCUGUUGGUGGUGAAGCCGUCGGUGGUGAAGCCGUUGGUGGUGAUGUCGUUGGUGGUGACGAUGUCGGUGGUGAUGUAGAUGGUGGUGAAGCCGUCGGUGGUGAAGCUGUUGGUGGAGAUGCCAUCGGGGGUGGUGAUGACGUCGGAGGGGCUAAUGUCGGUGGUGAAGCCGUCGGUGGUGAUGCCGUUGGUGGUGACGAUGUCGGUGGUGAAGUUGAAGGUGGUGGUGACGAUGUCGGUGGUGAUGUAGAUGGUGGUGGUGAAGGUGUUGGUGGCGAUGUCGUCGGUGGUGACGAUGUUGGUGGUGAAGCCAUCGGUGGUGUUGACGUUGGUGGUGAAGUCGUCGGUGGUGAUGUAUAUGGUGGUGAUGUCGACGGAGGUGAAGCCGUUGGUGGUGAUGCCAUCGGUGGUGAUGUUGUCGGUGGUGACGAUGUCGAUGGUGAUGUUGAAGGUGGUGAUGCCAUCGGUGGUGAAGCCGUCGGUGGUGAAGGUGUAGGUGCUGAUGUCGUUGGUGGUGACGAUGUCGGUGGUGAUGUAGAUGGUGGUGAAGUUGUCGGUGGUGUUGCAAUCGGUGGUGAUGUCGUUGGAGGUGAUGUCGUCGGUGGUGACGUCAUCGGUGGUGAUGCCAUUGGAGGUGAUGUCAUCGGUGGUGAUGAUGUAGGUGGUGAAAUCGUUGGUGGUGAUGAUGCAGGUGGUGAAACUAUAGGUGGUGACGUCGUCGGUGGUGUUGUAAUCGGUGGUGAUGCCACUGGAGGUGAUGCUGACGGUGGUGAUGAUAUCGGUGGUGAUGCCGUUGGAGGUGAUGUAGUCGGUGGUGAGGUCGUCGGUGGUGACGAUGUAGGUGGUGAAACUAUAGGUGGUGAAGUCGUCGGUGGUGAUGAUGUAGGUGGUGCAACUAUAGGUGGUGAUGUCGUCGGUGGUGUUGCAAUCGGUGGUGAUGCCUUUGGAGGUGACGCUAACGGUGGUGACGUCGUCGGUGGUGAUGCCGUUGGAGGUGAUGUAGUCGGUGGUGACGUCGUCGGUGGUGUUGCAAUCGGUGGUGAUGCCAUUGGAGGUGAUGUCAUUGGUGGUGAUGAUGUAGGUGGUGAAAUCGUCGGUGGUGAUGAUACAGGUGGUGAAAUUAUAGGUGGUGAUGCCAUCGGUGGGGACGUCGUCGGUGGUGAACCCAAUGGUGGUGAUGCUGAUGGUGGUGACGUUGUCGGUGGUGAUGAUGUCGGUGGUGAUGUUGAUGGUGGUGAAGUCGUCGGUGGUGAUGUUGACGGUGGUGACGAUGUCGGUGGUGAUGUUGGCGGUGGUGUUGUUAUUGGUGGUGAUGAUGUCGGUGGUGUCGUUAUCGGUGGUGAUGCUGUCGGUGGUGAUAUUGGCGGAGGACAUGGUUCUUUCGAUGGUGGCAUCGAUGGUGAAGCCAUCGGUGGUGAUGAUGUCGGUGGUGUUGUUGUAGGUGGUGAUGACGUCGGUGGUGAUGUUGGCGGACAUGAUUCUUCCGGUGGUGACGCAAUCGGCGGUGAUGAUUUUGGUGGUGUCGAUUUCGGUGGUGAUAGUAUUGGUGGUGAUGGUUUUGGUGUGGGUGACAUUGGUGGUGAUGAUGGCGGAGGACAUGGAGCUUCAGAUGGUGGUGGAGGAUAGAGCAUAGGAGGUUUUGGUACAACAGGUGGCUUGGCCACCGGAGGUUUGGGAACGAUGGGUGGUGGCUUUGCCAUCGGAGGAGGUUUCACCUUUGGUGGCUUGACCGGCGGUGGCUUUGGAUGGUAUGGCGGCUUCACUUUUGGCGGGACAGUGGGUGGUGGCUCGACCACCGGAGGCUUAUGAUGGUGUGGCGGUUUGCCAUGAUGCUUAGGGUGGUGUGGAUGCUUAUGGUAAUGUGGAUGCUUAGGGUGGUGCAGAUGCUUUGGUGGAUGCUUAGGGUGGUGCGGAUGCUUUGGUGGUGGCUUAGUUGGAUGAGUCGGGAUCCCACAAUAUGGACAUGCUAGAGAAACAAGAAGAGUUCCUAAGUUGAGAAAUAUUAUAAUUUGAGCAAUUAUAUUGCUACUACCCAUAUU